UUUGCCUGGAGACCCUGACCCUGGAGGAAGCAAUGGCCAUGCUUCUUCUCCUCUCCAUGCUGGUCCUGCUCACACAGCCUCCAAGGUCAUGGGGAGCAAAUGUGAAGACCCUUUCCCGGAAACCUUUGAUUGAUAACUGCACCCUGGUCACGUGUAGCCCUGUGGAGAAUGGCCUGCCUGGUCGUGAUGGACAAGAUGGGAGAGACAGCCCCCGGGGCGAGAAGGGGGAUCCAGGUUCACCAGGAGCUACAGGGCGAAUGGAGAUGCUGGAUGUCCCCAAAGGGGACAAUGGCUCUGCUGGAGAACCUGGACCUAAGGGAGACUCGGGGCCACGUGGACCUCCGGGACCUGCAGGUGUGCGCGGGCCGGCUGGAAGAGAGGGUCCCUCAAGAAUACAGAGGGAUGUAGGACCCCAAGGUAAACCAACCCCCAAAAGAGAGCCUGGACCCAAAGGAGAAGUGGGUGCCCCAGGCGUGCAGGGCUCUGCAGGGACAAGAGCUCCCCCAGGUCUCAUAGGGGAGAAAGGUGCCCCUGGUGAGAGUGGAGACCCUGGAUUUGCAGGGGCAGCUGUGACAGUGGCUGUGGGCUUCCUGAGGUCCAGCUCCUUACCUCUCCCCCAGGAAACCCUGUCACUGAGCACCCUUCCCUUGGACCCGGACUCUGAGCCAAUUCCUGACUGUGAGGGACUGGUCUUCACUGUGCCUCUCUCUCCUGCAGACAUCAGUGCUCUGUGGCAGCAGCUAGAGGCCUUGCAGGGGCAGAUAAGACGCCUGCAGGGAGCCUUCCUUCAGUAUAAGAAAGUGGAGCUCUACCCCAACGGCCGAGAUGUUGGCCAGAAGGUCUUCAAGACAGCAGGCUUUGUAAAACGUUUCCAGGAGGCAGAGCAAAUGUGCGCGCAGGCUGGGGGGCAGCUGCCCUCCCCACGCUCUGCAGCUGAGAACUAUGCCUUGCAACAGCUGGUCGAGGCUGAGAACAGUGGAGCUGCAUUCCUGAGCAUGACUGACUUUUGGAUGGAGGGCAGGUUCACCUACCCAGAAGGGGUGCCCCUGGUCUAUUCCAACUGGGCCCCCGGGGAGCCCAACGAUGAUAGUGGCAGGGAGGACUGUGCGGAGAUAAUGGCCAACGGCAAGUGGAACGAUGUGCCCUGUGGAGCGAAGCGCCUUGUGAUCUGCGAGUUCUGAGCCCUUGGGGUGGGUGGGGCAGCCAUGGUGCAGAGGCCUGGCCCAGACCCCUGUGCUGCUGACACGACAAGGAAGAGCUGAGGGUUCUGUGACCUGGUUUCUGCACAGAGCUGAGGGAU